AUGCCUACUUUCACUGUGUUCAAGGGAGCCAAGGAUGGCAAGGUGAUCAAGUCCUCCACCACCAAGCCUGACGAGCUCACCGGCGACAAGGUCCUGCUCAAGGUCACCGCGUCGGGACUCUGCUACACUGAUAUUCACUACAAGACCGCCGACAUGGCCCUCGGCCACGAAGGUGUCGGUGUUGUCGAGGAUGUUGGUCCUGAUGUCAAGCAGCUGAAGAAGGGCGACCGGGUUGGCUGGGGAUACCAACACGACAACUGCGGGCUCUGCAAGCAGUGCCUCACUGGACAGGAGGUUUAUUGCGCAGAGAGAGUCAUGUACGGCUACGCCGACCUGGAUCAGGGCUCGUUUGCCUCUCAUGCCAUCUGGCGCGAGGCCUUCCUCUUUAAGCUCCCCGACGAGCUCAGCGACGAGGAUGCCGCUCCUCUCAUGUGCGGAGGCGCCACUGUCUGGUCCGCCCUGACAAGCUACAAUGCCCGCCCCACGGAGACAGUCGGCAUUCUGGGCGUCGGCGGGCUGGGUCAUCUGGCCAUCCAGUUCUGCGCCAAGUUCGGCUGCCGCGUGGUGGUGCUGUCCGGCACCGACAGCAAGCGGGACGAGGCGAUGCGCCUGGGUGCGCACGAGUUCAUCGCCAUGAAGGGUGCCACCACCCUGGAGGUGUCGCAGAAGCUUGACCGCCUGCUCGUGACCACGUCCGCCCAGCCUGACUGGGCGCUGCUCACCUCCAUCAUGGCACCCGGGUCCACCAUCCACCCGCUCUCCGUCAGCAGCGGCAACUUCAGCUUCCCUUACACGCCCCUCGUCACGCAGGGCUUUGCUGUCCAGGGCAGUGUCGUAGCCCCCCGCCAGAUCCACCGCGACAUGCUCACCUUUGCCGCCCGCAACGGCGUCAAGCCUGUUAUUCAGGAGUUCCCCAUGACCGAGGAGGGUAUCCGGGAGGCUAUCGACAAGCUCGAGAAGGGCGAGGUGCACUUCCGGGCUGUGCUGAAGCCUCAGGCUGGGAAGCUGUGA